AUGUCAACCCCUGCGCUACUAGAAGGGCUCUCUGCUAAGGCACCCUCUGCACCACCCAUAAAACUCAAAUACGCAGACGUCGCCGUAACUGCAACUGCCAAAGAGUUCGCUGGUAUCUACCGAGGCAAGCAAUACCAUGAGCCAGACUUCGACGCCGUCUUAGAUCGCGCGUUGGCAGCCGGAGUAGAGAAAGUCAUGCUCACGGGCAUGUACGCUUCCGACGCAUCAUUCAAUCUGGAUAUUGCGCGCAAAAGACCAGAGCAAUGCAAAACCACUAUUGGUGUGCAUCCGUACCAUGCCGUCGAAGCAGAUGAAGGCGGAGAGGAGUACUAUCGGAGCCUGUCCCAAAGCAUCACAACAACUAUGAAAGAAGAACCACAUCUUCUAGGCGCUUUCGGAGAGCUCGGUCUAGACUACGACAAGCUGGCUGAAGCUCCCAAAGACGUCCAGAUACGCGUCUUCAAGCGACAACUCGACAUGAUCGUGAGCGAAGGCUGGGAGUUACCCCUCUUCCUGCACUGUCGCGCAGCGUUCGAAGAUUUCAUCGCGAUACUGGAGCCUUACAUGGACCGUCUGCCUUUACGAUCGGGUUUAGUUCACUCUUACGUUGGUACUACACAGCAGAUGCAGACUUUAAUCGCCAUGGGUCUACACGUCAGCGUCAACAAUUUCGCUUUCCGAGACCGCGAUAGCUUGGACAUGAUCAGACAUGUACCUUUGGACAAACUGCAGAUUGAGACAGAUGCGCCGUGGGGCGAUAUACAAGCUUCGAGUGAAGUAGCUAAAGCGUAUUUGAAGAAUGCGACGAAGUUGUCUUGGGGGAACAAAAAGAAGGAUAAGUUCACUAUGGGUGAUAUGGUGAAGGAGAGGAAUGAGAGUUGCAAUAUGGAGAAGGUGGCUUUGGUCGUGGCUGGAAUCAAGGGCGUUGGCGCUGAGGAUGUUGCGGAGAGCGCGUGGAGGAAUAGCGUGAAUAUGUUCUUUCCUAGUUAG